UAAAUUAAUGACCUAUAUAACACCCUAACCCUACCCAAGACCAUAUAAUUCAAAACCUAUUUCCUUUGCUAGGCUUUGGACAUUGUUCAACGAAAGUCAAGGACACCCUACAAAGAAUCAUAAUCACCCCACGCUUUCCCAACCCCUAAGAUGAACGCAAGAUUUUUUGCUUUCUUCCUACUCAUUUCAUGGAUUCAAGCCUCAGAGUUCAAUAUGAAUCUCACUUCGGAAGGUAAAGGCCUAAUCAAUGGACACGCACAAGAACUUCUUGGAAAAUUAUAUGGAAGCAUAGAAGACUCAGUAAGGUUGACAGACAAAGUUGAGGAAACAAAGAAUUGGCACAAACAAGAACUAUUUAAUACUACAAGAAAAUCACAAGGUGGUGGAAGUUCCGGAGGCGGAGGAAAGAAAGGAAGAGCAGGAACUGGUGGCAGUGCAAAUGUGAAUCGCCGGCCACGUCAAAGUUCCGCACCAACAUUAUUACUAUUAUCAGGGCCCCAUUUUUGGGUCACAAUAUUUAAUAUAUACGUGAGUUUUGCUUUAAUCAUGUUUCCUUUCCACUAUGUCUGAUUAAU